AUGAAUUAGAAAAUUUUGUUGAAGAUUAAUAAGAAUUAGAUGAUCAAAAACUUUAUGCCAGAAUUAAGGUUGUAACUUAAUAUAUAUAUGACCAUAAAAAGAGUGUUUGAUAUGAAAUUCGAUAAUAACAAAUAACAUAAGGACAUUAAUUUUUAGGAACUCAAAAAAACUCUAAAGAUAUCUUAAAUAACAUUUCCAUCUUAGGUGCACCAGUUUUUAUUAAAUGUUUCUCUCGAUUAAUUAAAAUUAUAAAUAUAUGAUAUUCAUAAACAAUUUUUUAAUAAUGUCCCUAAGAGGACAUGUAGUAAACAAUCAUGA